CUGAUCAUCUUGUCCUGUGCCAUAAUGUUAAGACACCGUCGCGACGGUUGUCAAAGGGCUUACGUAGUGGUCGCUAGGUUACGCUGUUUAACGUGCGUUUAACAUCCAUGGCUUUACGGUGGGAGCACGUAGUUUUUGUUGGGCAGUGUUAACGCCCACUAAGGUAUUGGUCAUUUUGCGGAGAGGCAUCUCCAUUCAUGGGAGCGGCAACAUCAUCAGCGACGAAGAGUGACAGCCAAAUGAUGGUCAGUCACUGAAAAGACUAGGCCAGGUUAAAACCGCGGUUUGGCUGGCAGCCGUUUCGACGACGGAGGUACUCUGAGCUAAAACCGAAGGGACUCUCAGGAAUGGCUUUUGAAUCUCUUGUUUGAAUACUGGAGGUCCUAUUCUGUGCUCGACCUACCAUGACAACGGACUGACUUCCUAGUCGCCUAGUCACUCGCCGCUGCCGCAGACCAAGCUCCCUACUCGGCCCAUUUAUCCUAGACUGUCCGCGGACUACCGGCUCUGGCAUCUGGACAUAUCGGAACUGGACUGUAGUUGUAGAUACGGAAACGUGUGAGUGUGUGCGCGCGUGCUGCUGCUAUCUGUAUGAUGCCGACACAUUUAAGGUUCCGAAGAAGGUCAUUCCUUGGGCUUAUAUUCCUGUUUUCACUGUCCACCUCCGUAUUGUACUUCAUCUACUCCGCCCCAGGAAUCGUGAAUGAGUAUGUGUUCAUGGUCCAAGCCAGAGGAAUCCAGAUCAAAGAUAAUGUAAGGAACAUUGGAGCUCAGGUUCUGGAGCAGGUGGUGAGACAGGCUUACAACAUCAAUGGCACAGAUUAUACCUAUGACUUCAACAUGAGUGAGAGCGAUGCUCCUACCACCACAUACCUUCCUGAAGGCUUCACCUACCUCCCCUCACAGGUUUGCCCUGAGAGGCUGCCUUCCAUGAAGGGCAGGUUGGAGGUGAAUAUGACUGAGGUACCUUUGGAGGAAGUGGAGAGAUCCUUGCUUGAGAGAGAGCCUAGCAUUGCCCCAGGAGGGUACUGGAAGCCCAAAGACUGCUUACCUCGCUGGAAGGUGGCAAUCCUAGUCCCGUUCAGGAACAGACAUGAACACUUACCCAUCCUCUUGAGACACCUGGUGCCAGUACUCCAGAAACAGAGACUCCAGUUUGCCUUUUAUGUCAUAGAGCAGGGGGGCACAGAGCCCUUUAACCGAGCCAUGUUGUUCAAUGUGGGCUACAAGGAGGCUAUGAAAGACCUGAAUUGGGACUGUCUGAUUUUCCAUGAUGUGGACCACCUCAUGGAGAACGACAGGAACUACUAUGGCUGCACAGGCAUGCCCCGACACUUUGCGGUCAAGCUCGACAAAUACUCCUACAUGCUUCCAUAUAAUGAGUUCUUCGGUGGUGUCAGUGGCCUGACGGUGAAGCAGUUCAAAAAGAUUAAUGGAUUUCCUAAUGCAUUCUGGGGCUGGGGAGGAGAGGACGAUGACCUCUGGAACAGGGUGCAGUUUGCCAAUUACAACGUAAGUAGACCACAUGGAGAAGAGGGACGCUACAUGUCAAUCCCGCAUCACCAUCGUGGAGAAGUACAGUUCCUGGGAAGGUAUAGUUUACUACGCCACUCAAAGGAGAGACAGAAAGUGGAUGGUCUUAACAACCUAAACUACUCCCCGCUAAUGUCCAGGAGAUCACUCUACACCAACAUCACAGUCCGCUUGAACAGAAAGCUUGCACCCAUAGCUGACUACUGACAUAGACACAGCUGGACUGCUAACCACCGGGGAGUCAGAGUCCUCUGGGACAUCAGCCAUAUCUCACCAGUUGCAGCACUGCUUAGGAAAUUUUUGUUAAUUGAUUGAUUCUUUGAUUUAUUUUGUUUGUAUGCAAAAAAUGGAGACUUAAUCAAGUAUGUUGGGUGAAUCAUAUAUGAAAAAAGGGAGAAAUGCUGCACUUGUUUGUGCCACUGUCCAUCACUCGUCUCCCACCUGGGCUUUCUGGUCUUCAGUCUCCACAUGCCUUUUGCACCAUUUUGGCCUUCGGCAUCCAUUCAGUCAUUCAUUAUUCACUUUCUUAUUCAUUCAACAAUUAGCUCAGCCCUACACCCAUGUGUAUGUUUAUUAAAAUAGGCCAUGAUAAACCAUCAUAUUCAAAUGAAUGCCCACACCACACGUGCACCAGAAGCAGUUUGACCUAAAUGUGCUGACAUGGUCCCUGAGGCUUUGAGGUUGUUGUUUUUUUGUAGUUGUUUUGCUCUUACAUUAAUUUUUUUCCACAAAUGCAUUAAGCCUGUGAAAACAUUUGCACACGCACACACCCCACCACACAACAACAAAGCAAAGUGCACUCUUGCAGCUGGUCCUGCAAAAGGCAUGCCAAAUCUAUAAGUGAAGAGAGGAAGCAAAGAUAAUAUACAGUGUGAGUGUUUUCAGUCAGUUAUUCUAUAUGUGAAAUAGUUUCGCCUAGGUUUAGAGAAUAUUAAUACUGUAAUCAUUACAAAUUAUAUUUUGUCCUGUGAACAUACCAUGUGAUGUUUGUGUUUGCAUAGUUGCAGUGGAUGUUCUGGCUGUAUGUAGGAGAGCAAUGCUCAUCCUGUUAGCAAUAAGCUGUAAUAUCAGACAGCAGAAUUUAGACAUGACUUCCUCACUAUACAGAUGCAACAGCGCAGGUGCUAGCAUACCUUUACUGGACUACAAAGACAGAGUGACUGUGUAUGCAAAUUUCACAAUUGACAACAUUUUUGCCUAAGCAAACCUGUCACCCUUCUCAGAGCGUGCAUGCGUCUGUGUGUGUGUGCCUGUGUCUGUGUUUAUAUAAGUGAGGGAGAGCUAUGCAAAUGGCCUGUAUGUAUCCUGCUGUCAGUGCAAGGUCUUCGGGGUGACCUCCAGAAGACUUCACCCCUGUAACUGUGAAUAGACUUACUUUAGACCUGACAUUGUGUGCAGUGUGUAAAUCCAGGCUAGGGAGAAACUAACACUUUUUUUUAGAUUUCCGUUAGAUUCGCUUAAUGUUUACUCACCUUGGUUUUUACAAAGGGGAGUUGGAAGUAGCAGGUGCUUGAAAGCCGUCACCAUCACUGAAGUUUACAGAAGCUUUGCUUUAUUAUUUUUCAGAUUAGCCAGCCCUCCUUCACUGUGGGUGCUGUGAAAUUUCUUCAAUAACAUACCUAUGGCUACCUUUAUGUUUAUGUGAUACUUUUUAACCUUGGUUACGGAAACAAAUGCUUAUCUAAGACAUCAGGUGACAUAAGGUCAUGACCAGGCUUUGGUCAUGGAUUUUCUUUGCGCACGUCAUCUUUUGGGUGUUGGUCUAAGUUUUUGUUGAAUGACAUACAGCCCAAGUCUUUGCAUUGACACAGACAUUAACAGCACUCUGGCAGUACAUAGCAGUUGCUAAACUAUUCAGUGUUUAACAGUGUUGACUCUGAGUAAGCUAUGAUGUAAAUGUAGUUCCUUUAAAAGAAGCUUACAGACACUCUGUCCACACCGUCUGUCCUCUAGACAUGCAGCAACUUCAUUUCACACAAAUCACCUUGUUCUUAAGAUGAAUCUUUUGGGGAAAAGUAGAUGUUGACAAAUUGUUGUUUCCACAAUGAAAUAUGAAAAAAAAAUGAGGCAGGACCUCCUUUUAUUUAUUUGAUCUUUUAUGGAUUAUUUUCUGUAAUUCCAUUUUUGUUUUGUUUUGUUUUGUGGUUGAUGUUAUGAUUUAGUAGACGACAUAUGACGGAGUGUGUUGGAUGCACUGAAACUUGUACUUAUGUGUAUUUGUUUGGAAAUGUGAGGUUCAGGUUUGUGUAAAAAGGGAGGUGUUCCAUUUCAUUCAAAUGCCAAUUUCCUCAUCAGAAAUUAAAUCAGUAGCUGGUUUUGAUGAAAUGGAAUCGGACCCAUAGGCUUGUCUGUAUUAUUCUACUGAAAAGACAUGCUUGAGGAAGCCAUUUUGUGUGACAACCACAGGAAGAGCAAAACACAGAAAAUCAGAAAAUGCUAGUCGUCACUGUCUUUCACUGAGCGCCUCAUUUAUACUAACUGAUAAUCAGUAGUGGUGACCUUCCAGAGCUCCUUAUAAAGGGAGUUUAUUUAAACAAGGCCCCUGGAACCACUGCUAUCAUACAAGCUAAUGUCAUUCAAAUCAUCUUUCUAAAUUUUAUGGCUAUUUCAAUUAAUCCUAACCCACAUAUAAGUGGCAAAAAUAUUCUUUGAUUUUACAUCUGCACAUUUGUAAAAGUGAUACCUUUUCAUCAUUCAGGAGGUACUCAGUGGAAGUCUUGGACAGUAGCAGUAUUUGUGUUAAGUUUUCUUUUCCACAUGAGUUUGAGUGAAAUGGCUAACCGUCCUUCAAACCCGGAGGGAUCUGUCAAUAUAUGGAUGCCCUCUCAAUGACAUAGAUAUUGUUAGAAUCUGCAUUAGGCUCUAUACUCCAUAAUGUAGAACAAGUAGUUUCAUCAGCCAGCACCAUAUUCAAAAAUAGUUUUAUGUGGCUACUAUAUGACUUAGGAACAGACAAAUUAGUCAGUGACUUGCUUUUUAUCUUAACAGGAAAUGGAUAGGUGAAGAGCAAGCUGACUAGUCUUGGCUUCAUAUAUAUACUGUACAUGGUCUCAAUCAGACCAGGCCUGCUGCUCACUAAAGAGGCUUCACUGUUUUAUAUUUUCACUUGCUUUGAUCCAUGUCAUGCCAGUUUAAAUGAAGUUUCCCCACCUUUGGGCAUCUGACAAGACUGGCGACCUUCAAACUUUUUAAUUUAUUGCAGUGUUUUUUGUUUAGCUUUUUUAUUUUCACUCAAGUUUUUAUUUUUUAUAAGCAAAUAUAUUUAAAUUUAAAAAAAAGUGCAUAUCAAGAUAAUGGUCAUUGUAAAUAUUAUGUGUUGUGUUUUAGAGACUCCAUAAGAUCUUAAAUUAUUACGGAUGCUAACAUAAAGAACAAGGCUUUGGAGGGGUUUGGCUGGGAGUUUAUUUGGUGCCAUUUAAGUGCUAGUGAAGCUCAUGCAGUGACAUCAACAUCACGCUUCCAAGCACAGCCUUUUUUUAAAAAUAAAAAAUAAUUUUAUCCCACAAAUUUUUGAUUCUUCUCACAAUCUCAGAGGUAUCCUGCAGUCUAGAGGUCUCCCUGUACUCAAUAUACUGCAGCAGGAGGAGAGAUGUAUCAUAGACAGAUGUAGGCAUCAGUCUUUAGAUGAGUCUGUGUCCUUGUUUCUGCAUGUGACAUCUCUUUGACAGUGACGGCAGUUGGGGUAAGGUGUGGGUCAGGGGGAAACACUGCAGGAUAGUGAUUUGUGAGCCAAAACCACCAUGAAACGCAGGCACCCAAACCAGCGACACAAUCCACUCCAAAAUUUACAGAUUAUUUUUUUGUAUGAAAGCUAACUAUUAAAAAAAGAAAAAAUAAUACAAUUUCUAAAUUGAAAUCUAUCUUGUCUGAUUGUAAGGAGAGAAAUUCUCCUUGAACUGAAGCCAUUUGAAGCCACUUGUCAAACUUUGAUGUCAGCCUUAUGUGGAUUUGUUUAUGUAUAGGCAUAUUAUCUUUUAAUUAUUGAAAUUUGUAUGAUGGAGAUUUUCUUUUAUACCAUCAUUAUUAUUGUCAGAGUACACCAAUAAAAUGACAGUAAACAUACAGUACCCCA